AUGGAUACGGACACAUCUAAUCAACAACACCAUUCUCAAGAUACGAUUCUAGAAAAUGAAACAGUGGAAAUACCUUCUAAACAACUGGACGAAACUACACGAGAGCAACUACCAAGUACUACGGUCGCUUUGGCAGAACACGACAAUACCAACGUGGAUGCCACUGAGAUCGCUACCGAGGCAUUAAGUUCUAAUGUAGAAAAUGAUAGUUCGAAAACAUCUCAUACAUACGAACAGAAAAAUGAUGACAAGUCAGUAUUAAAUGGAGUAGACGUUCGAAAUUAUUUGCAAUAUACUGCUGCGAUGAUUAUGGGUGUUCCAUUGAAAGAUUUGGAAGAUCAUUCUUUAUCGUUGUUUAAAGCUGGAAUGAACGAGUCAGAAAGCUUGAUAUUUAUGAAAAAGAUCGACAACAUUCUUCCGGCAGGUGUUGAAAUAACAACAUCAUUCAUUACUGAUCACCCAAAUAUAGAUUCAAUCGUAAAGUUUAUCAUGGACAUUGUAGAUGGAAGUAAACAUUUAGAAGAGAAUGGUAAAGAGGUUCGAAUAGACCAACUACAACACUCUUUAGAAGAUAUUGUAGAUAAAUAUACUCUUUACAUUCGAGAUAGUUAUACUCAAUCCUCGAUAGUUGCUCCACAAACAAAGAAAGUUUUUCUUUUGACUGCAACUGGAUUUCUUGGUACACAUAUUUUAUACACCUUAUUGACUCUAACGUCAUGCAAGAUUUAUUGUUUGGUUAGAAAAAAAAAGAUUAGAACGCCUAAAGCAUCUCUCAAACGUGCUUUCUUACGUAAUGAUCUGGACACCUCUUUGGUUGAUUCUGACAGAUUGAUCGCCCUCAGUGCUAAUUUAUCUGAACCUUACCUGGGCUUAUCUGAGAAUCAAUAUGAGGUUAUGUUAAAUGAUGUCACUACAAUAAUACAUGGCACUUUUUGCGCAAAACCUGGCAUGCCAUUAACCGCUUAUGAAAGUUCGACUAUUCUUGGAACAGCGAAUUUAUUACUUUUUAGUGCUCAAAAAGAUUUUCAUUUUAUAUCAAGUAUUGAUGCCUGUGUUAAUAGUUCUUGGGAAAAUGUGCCUGAAGGCAUAUUACCUUUGAAAGCUUCUAUUACUACUUGUGAUGGAUUUGGACUUUCGAAAUUAGCCAUCGAAACAAUUAUCACAAAUACAUUUGAUUACUUACAAUUAGAACGGGUUAGUAUUAUUAGGGUAGGCCAGAUUACUUCUCACACUGAAACUGGUGUAUGGAAUCCGAAUGAAUGGGUUCCAAUGCUUUUAGGAAUUGUUGGUUUAUCUGGUCGAAUGCCGACGUUUGAUGCAAAUCUUGAUUGGAUUCCUGUAGAUGUUGCCGCAAAAGCUAUUAUGGAUUUGGUGUCGUCUGGGACAGCAUUCAGAAUACAAGUAUUCCAUGUAAGCAAUCCAAAUUCAACAAUAACGUGGGAACAAUAUUUGGAUAAACUUGAGGAAUCAGGGAUGAAAUUUUCUAGGCAAGAAUUACCGAAAUGGCUGGAAAAAUUAUGGACUGAUGUUGAAGAAAAUUCCUAUGAUGAAAAUGUUUGUUCAUUAUUGACUGAGCAUUUUAAUAGAAUGACAUUCAAUCCUGAUAGCGAUAAAAAAAAUCGCGCUUUAUUAGAUUUAACAAAUACAAAAUCAUUGACGGUUGUAUUAUCGACAUGCCCAAGUUUAAAUAAUGAAUCUCUAAUUAAAUCAAACAUUGAUUGGCUAAAAAAUACAGGCCAUUUAUCAGAGAUUGGUUUAGAUCAACAAAAAUCAUUAAUAUCUAAAUCAAAACUUCAAUUAAAGAGAUUGUCCGGAAAUGGCGAUCCUGGAUUUUUGGUUUGGGUUUAUGUUACCCUACCUUUGAUGGUGCUAUUUUUUUUAAGCAUUGAUACAAUUCUUGUUCAGUUUUUAACACCGCCUAUACUAUCAUAG